GGAGAUGGAGCUGAGCUAAAUAGGGAGCGCGUCCCACUAGACGUUAUUAGGCUACAUGGAGGCGCACUUCCGUCCCGCAUAAUUCGGUUUAGGGGAGCAGGUGCAGGGAAGGGGACUGAAGCGUCACCUCAGAUAAAGCAAUAUAUUUGAUUUACUGUAGCGUUUAAUUUAUACCUAUACGCUGGGUCGGAAGAUGGUAGCAAAACAAAGAAUCCGUAUGGCAAACGAGAAGCACAGCAAAAACAUCACUCAGAGGGGGAACGUAGCGAAGACCCUGCGACCGCAAGAGGAGAAAUAUCCGGUGGGGCCAUGGCUUUUGGCACUCUUUGUAUUUGUCGUUUGUGGAUCAGCUAUCUUUCAGAUAAUUCAAAGUAUCAGAAUGGGAAUGUGAGUCCCAGCGUUCUUCACGUACCCUGCCCUACAUCUGAAUGAGAUUUUUGGAUGACUGGAUACAAUCUGAAGGAGACCGAUAGGUGAAAUCCUGUUUGUGGGUCAGAUGGUUGUAUGCUGAGCUGGAUCUAGUGUACAAUACUACAUGACAUUGUCACACAUGUUUACAGUGUCCCUGGAUGAAGGGAGCACAUGCUUUUUCUACAAAACCAUUGUUGUUGUUGACACAUCGUAUCGUUUUUGUCAUAUUUAUUUGUGAUUGAUGAUUGCCAUGAUCUAUUUCUCUAUUUAAUCGUGUUUGCGUGAGCCUUUUUCAAAUAAACGUCAAACACAUUUGGAUAAUGACUCGUAUAUGUUUUGCCUUUCAAAGCCAUUUUUUUUUAAAUGUGAACCUUUGUGAAUGUUACAGCAGAUGUUAAAAAUGUGCAUUUGUGACCCUGGACCACAAAACCAGUCGUUUUUGUAGCAAUAGCCAAAAAUACAUUGUAUGGGUCAAAGUGGUCGAUUUUUCUUUUAUGCCAAAAAUCAUUAGAAUAUUAAGUAAAGAUCAUGUU